UAUUCAUCCAAAGUUUCAACAUUUUUUCUUGCAGGCAAUGACUAAUGUUUUAUUAACGACGGACAGACGGAGAAAGAUACAGGUUGACAUCUCGAGGGAGUGCAGAUUUUGUCAUGAGGAUGAUGAAUCAACGAUCUGUCUAUUCAAAUAUUGCAGGCUGGUGGCUGAACUAUGGAGCAAAGCAGGGAUGGAUUUGAGGCGCACGACCAAUUCCUUGCAGGAUUGGGUGGAACAUAUUUUUAACACCAUCACACAGGAAGAAUUAUGGAGAUUUAUCUCAAUAUUGUGGAGUAUUUGGAAGGAGUGCAACAAAGUGAUUUGGAAUAAUAAAACCUUCAAUCCAUCACAUGUAAUCAGUAUUGGAGCUCCAAUGCUUCAAGUUGGCGAGCGGCCCAAGGCAUAUCAGCAGUGCCACAUUGAGGGGUGGAAUCGAGAACCAAAUGGAUGAGACCUGCUCCAGGGGAAAUAAAAAUCAAUGUGGAUGGUGCAAUUCAUGAUCAGAGGAGCAGAAGAGCUUGGGGUUGGGUAGCGAGAGAUAUAAUUUUAUGGGCAGCAGUUGGGAUUCUUGCAGAGCAGACUCGCCAGUCAAAAUAACGGAGGCCAUAGGGGUGAGAGAGGCAUUAGCUUGGGCGAAAAGGAAAGGAUGAAAUCGAGUGAUCCUCGAGACGGGUGUGCAAAUUUUCACCACUAGCUUAGAAGGUGAUUCUGGAAAUUCCUAUUUUAAUGUGGUAAUUGAAAAUAUCACAUAAAAUCUUAAUUCUGAAGCUAGUUUUAUUGAUAGUUAUUGUAAACAAUCCACGAAUCGUGCAACUAACAGUUUUGCUAGGGGGGUCCUUUCUCAAGCGGGUUGUAGCGGUUUUGAUUACUGUCCUGAGCGUAUAUGUAAGCCAUCUAACGAGCGA